AUGAUAUCCGUGUCACAGCUGUCUGGCCUUCCAACAUACGCUUCAUCAUCACCGUCUCGGCUCAAGACCCUGUACUCGGAUUUCUCCCGGCAGAAGCAGUCAAACCCCACGUCCUACGCUUCGAAUGUCGAAUGGUGGCGUCGCACACUGGAGGCGGUGGUACUGAAGGGUUGGCUGGCAGACUCGGGCUCCAAUUCCGCAAAUCCUGACAGACUCGUCCUUCACGCCAGAGGCUCUACGCUGGCGGAUGAUUUCAGGUAUGAGGGUGUUGGAAAGCCGUUGGGACUACCCACAGUCUUAGCCGAGCUGUGCGCAUCAAAAGCGUACUUCUCCUUGCCGGAUUUUCUCAAUUCUGCGAAGUCCGUCUACGACCCUGGCUGGCUACCAUUACGGAUAGCGACCUACGUCGUGGGCAAGCCUCUGUGGUGGGCGCUCAAACAACUCAGCAUCGUGAGUUCGGACGAUAGUGUGCUGGGAGACGCCAGCUAUAACGAGCAAUGGAGGAAAGUUAGAGGCGACUAUGUUCUACUGAGCGUGCUCGAGAGGGCCGCCGACAACGUCAUACAGAGGCAGUGGAGCAAAGGCGCGCUUUCUCUGGCCGAUUCGUUGUAUAACGCCGAGAGCUUUCGGAGAGAGUUCGCAGCGCAUGCAUUGGACGACGUGGUGCUGUCAGAACUAGACAUGCGUAUCCUACUGAGAUAUCUUGAACGCGACAAGAAAGUCCUUGUCACACAAGGAGGGGUCAUCAAAUUCGUGGAGCCCCAACCAGCUGAGCCAGUUGAGAUUACCGCGGUGGACGCCGGUGUACUCGAAUUGAAGACGGCAGUAGACAAGUUGCAGGUUCAGGUCGACAGCAUACAGUCUAAGAUUGGCCAACGGGCAGAUCAAAUCGCGACUGCUCUCCGGCAGAAGAGGAAGGAGAUUGCGCUUAGCCACUUACGUGCUCAGAAGCAGUUGGAGGCACUGCUGAAGCAACGACUCGGCUCUCUGGACACACUACAGUCUACGCUCCUCCGCGUGGAGCAGUCUGCAGGCGACGUUGAGAUCAUGAAGUCCUACGAGUCAUCCACCACGACGCUUCGCGCCAUUCUCGCGCAUCCUUCACUCCAGCGCGAGAAGAUAGACGAGACUAUGGAAGCCAUGACAUCUGCCAAUGCCGAUGCGAAGGAGAUCGACGACGCUAUUGCCAUGGGUACCGACAUAGCGCAAGCCGACGUUGCCAUCGACGAUGCUGAGCUGGAGGACGAGUGGAAGGUUCUUGUUCAGGAGGCGGAACGGGAGGGCGCUGACAAGGCCCAAGCCGAGCAGGCGCAGAAGGAGGAGGAGGAGGCGCGGGUGAAGCAGGAACGCCUCGCCGCAGCGGCGCUGCAAGUUCCAUCCAACAAGCCAGCACCGGUCGAGGGAGAGCCGAGUCAUGCGUCGCUUUCAGCAGACAGGGUUGCUGAGUAG